AUGGAUCACUUCAACACAAGAGAUCACUUCAACCUGCAGCACCAAUUCCAUCACAACUCGGAAGAUGAGCAGGGCCACUCACCUGCCCUAAACAUGGGGCUGAACAGAGACGGGGGCAACACCGACUCCGCCACCAAGGACGGCGGCAGCGCUUCUACAGGCGAGGGCGACAUGUCGGCCAGCAACCGCCGCCCCCGCGGCCGCCCCGCCGGAUCGAAGAACAAGGCGAAGCCGCCGAUCAUCAUCUCCCGCGACAGCGCCAACGCCCUCCGGACGCACGUCAUGGAGGUCGCCGACGGAAGCGACAUCAUGGACGCCGUUGCCAGCUUCGCCCGCACCCGCCAGCGCGGCGUAUGCAUCAUGAGCGGCACCGGCAACGUCACCAACGUCACCCUCAGGCAGCCCGGCUCGCCCGGGGGCGCUGUGGUCACGCUGCACGGCCGCUUCGAGAUCCUGUCCCUGGCGGGAUCCUUCCUGCCCCCGCCCGCCCCACCUGCUGCCACGGGGCUGACAGUGUACCUGGCGGGUGGGCAGGGGCAGGUGGUUGGGGGCAGCGUGGCCGGGCAGCUCCUGGCGUCCGGGCCGGUCAUAAUCAUGACGGCGUCGUUUAGCAACGCGGCGUAUGAGAGAUUGCCGCUUGAGAAUGAGGAGAAUAAUGGAAUACAAGGGCAGGGGAAUUCGCCGCCGCAGAUUAUGGCCGACCCGUCGUUGUUUCAAGGGAUGCCGCCGCCGAAUCUGCUCAACACGUUGCAGAUGCCCAAUGAGGAGUUUUGGGCCACCGGAAGGCCACCGUUCUAG